CUUGUCGUCGGCAGUCAGCUGUUUCCCGGUUGCGUUGCCGCCUGCUCGUCUGCCGCCAGGACGUAUCGGAUCAAUAUUACAUGAGUUUUAACCAAAACAAGAUUUGUUUUCGAGUUUAACGGCUAGAACGAAACUGAUUUCAAAAUUGGAAAUAUGAAAAAGUCUCCGGCUCAGCUACUUUACGGGCCCUUAUUAUCCGGACAUGUAAAAACGAUCCUAGAAUCUGGUCUGUUGCUCGACGAAGACUACGAAGUGCUCUUGAAGUCGUUCAAUUUCGAAACCUUUUCCGUUGAACCGUAUAAACCGCCGAUGGGAUUAAUUGUCUGCGGGGCAACCACCGCAGCUUCAAUCGUAUUGGCCAAAAGAAUCAAAUUGACGUUACUACCCAUAGCCCCUUUGGCAGCGACCGCAGCGUAUCUUUAUUUAGAAAUCCGUUCAAUUUGUCGACGCAACGAGCAAAGAGCUGCUGUAAAGCGUCUGAUUAAUAGUUUCAUUAAGUUGCAUAAGCUCAUCAAUGGAAUUAUAGCCUACCAGAAGACUAGAAAUGAAAUAGCGACUAAAAAGACUAAAAUUUUCUACGGCAAAAAUGUAGAAAAAUUCAGUGCUCAUUUCGCCGAGCGCUUCAUGGACCUCUUAUAUUACUUAUUAAGUGAACUUCAGUUUUUAAGCUCUUUUUCUGAAAGUUUAUGCGAAGAUUUCCAGGAGCUACGAGAGCUAGACAUAAGCCGGUUGCUCGACACGGAUAAUCUAGUUAACGAAUCUCUACCUCUCUCUAUGAAAGUUAAGGACUUGUAUUGUCUUCUUAUGUCGAAGUUUUUGAAUUAUCUCGGGGUAAAUCUUUGUAAAAACUUAGUCGACAUCUGCACUAAAGAGGUGGAUUGUUUGCUCAGCUCUACAUUGCCGAAGCUGACCACCAUGCUAGUGGAAACGUAUUCCGCUAUAAACAUUGAAUUUAAAAGCUUAAGGUGUAGUAUUAAUGAAAAGUUGUCGUUUAAAACUAGGACGCCUUUCAAAAAACAUAUUUCCGGAAAGUUGCAACAGACUUUAGCAGGUUCGCUAAAUAAGUUGUCCAUAAUUUUUGAGCAAGCACGCAUGGUGCUGGAAAAAGUGGACAAUUUGAACGAUGAAGAAAAUUUGAGCAUGUUACAAGAUGCUAUCGCCGAGUUAAGGGACCACGCGUUAGCCACGUAUGAAUCCUUGGACAUAUUGUGUAAAUUGUAUGGAAUUUUGUCUAAAUCGGAAAGCAAUGCCACUAAUCGUGUGGAAAUAACUAAAGAAAACAGCGAUCCAACUGCCAACGUGCCGUGGUUUAAUUUUGACGAUGAAACUGUAGCUUUAGAAGAAAAUUAUGAGCUAUACGUAGGUAAAGACGAUAUAAAUCAUGAAGAAGAACUCGGAAUUUGCGAUGAUAAACCGGGAGCCUAUUUAGGUUUAAUGCUUAGGGAACUUGGUCAGUGUCUAAAGCAACAUGAAAGAUUCGUAGCGGCGAGGAACAAAAGGGGUAUCAAAGAUGGCGAGGAGGAACAAUUGCAAUAUCAGAAAAUAGAAAAACCUACGCCUAAAUUUGACUUAAUGGUGGUUCCUGCCGUUAAUUCGGAUAACCAAAUUAUCGUACCCCCUACACUAUUACCGCCUCCACCCCCACCGGUAGCACCCCCUCUCCCUUUAAAUGUAGUUCAUGAAUAUAAUGAUGGAGCCUCUGGAAGCACACAUAGCUUGUUAACAAGCUUAAAGUCAUUGACGCGUCAGCUCCAAACUAAAGAAGAAGUGUUUGGUGAUAGAGGUGUCGAAAACAGUUCCAGUGAUUCAGAUUAAAAAAAAAUUAGAUAUAUACAACUAAUAUAUUGCCCAUUUUAUAGUAAACUUUAUUUAUUUAUUUCAAACAAUGUAGCACAAAUUCAUUUUUGGUAAUAUCAAAACCAGUGAACCCCUUAUAAUUCGAGACUUCGUUUAAAUUGAUUGUAUAGAAUUUUUAUUAAUUAUCCACCACUUGUUUAUUUAA